AUGAGUUGGCUCCUCUUGUGGAUUCUAACUGCAGUCGGAAUUCAACAGGCCUCCUCCCGGAAUUCCACUGCCAUGCCGACGGUCACGUCGCCGACCGCGGAGCCCUUCCACCGUACUCAGUACUGCCGGUGGCCUUGCGAGUGUCCCGCCGAACCUCCCGCCUGCCCGCCGGGCGUGAGCCUCCUGACGGACGGCUGCGACUGCUGCAAGGCCUGCGCCCGGCAGGUGGGCGAGGAGUGCAACGAGGCGGACACCUGCGACCACCACAAGGGGCUGUACUGUGACUACAGCUCGGACAAGCCGAGGUACGAAAAGGGCCUGUGUGCAUACAUGGUCGGAACGGGCUGCGAGCACGACGGUGUCAUCUACCGCAACGGCCAGAGCUUUCAGCCCAGCUGCAAGUACCAGUGCGUGUGCGUCAACGGCGCCAUCGGCUGCGUGCCACUCUGCACCGAGUCCAGGCCACCGCGCGUCUGGUGUCAGAACCCGCGCCGUGUCAAAGUGCGGGGACAGUGUUGCGAGGAAUGGAUCUGCGACGAGCCCAAGAGGGGACGCAAGACGGCACCAAGGCACACCGUGGAGGCUCCCCCCGCUGAGCUGACGAGCUGGCAAAAGAACAACUGCGUGAGCCAGACCACGUCGUGGAGCCCCUGCUCGAAAACUUGCGGUCGCGGCCUUUCCCUGCGCGUCUCCAACGCCAACCAACGCUGCGAGCCCGUCAAGGAGUCGCGUCUUUGCAACCUCAGGCCUUGCGAGGUCGACAUCACCAAACACAUCAAGGUUGGCAAGAAGUGCUUGAACGUCUACCGCGAAGAGCGCGCGUCCAACAUGAGCAUAUCGGGCUGCACCAGCACCAGGCAGUACCGUCCCAAAUUCUGCGGCGCGUGCACAGAUGAGCGCUGCUGCAUCCCGUACAAGUCCAAAACGGUGGACGUGGACUUUGUGUGCCCCGACGGCUCGUCACUCUCCUGGAAAAUGAUGUGGGUGCAGGCCUGCUUCUGCAACCUCAGCUGCAAGAACCCCAACGACAUCUUUGCCGAGCUGGAGAAUUACUAUGGUUACCCAGAGGUCAUGAACUAA